UUCUAUCGAGUCGCCUGCGCGGCCGCUGCGCAGAAUUGACGCGCUCGAGGCCCCCGCGGGAGCGCGCGCGCGCCGACAGCUGAUGAUGCGCGCGAAUGAGCAGCGGGGUGCGCGCACUGACAGCUGAAGGUUCUCCGCGAUGACGGACACUCCGAUGGCCCAUCAUCCUCAUCAUCAUCUCCAGCAGCAUCAGCAUCCGCAUCCCUGAGCUCCGGACAGCAUCAGCAUCAUCCUCAUCCUCAUCCGUCCUCCAUGCAGCAGAGCAGCCGCGCAGCGCCUGUCGCGUUUCUCGCCGUCUGUCCGCACUCCUCCUCCGCCAUCCUCUGCGUCUGAAGCCGCUCCGCGUCCAUCACCUGCUCGCCGUGUCCCGUCUCCAUCCUCUCGCAGGAUGCUGUCCUACACCGGGAUGCUCGCGCUGCUCCUCGCGAUGCUCCCAUACGUAUCAUCUCAGAACGCUGGGUUUGUGAAGUCGCCAAUGUCAGAGAUAAAGCUCACAGGAGACGCCUUUGAGCUGUACUGCGACGUGGUCGGUAACCCCGUGCCGGAGAUCCAGUGGUGGUAUGCCGAUAUUAACAGGGCGGACUCCUUCAAGCAGCUUUGGGACGGCGCCCGCAAGCGACGGGUGUCCAUCACCUCGGCGUCCGGCGCCAACCGUGUGAGCGUGCUGGCCAUCUCCCGCCUCACGCUGGAGGACGCCGGGAUCUACGAGUGCCGGGCCAGCAACGACCCGCGCCGCAACGACCUUCGCCAAAACCCGGCCAUCACCUGGAUCCGAACGCAAGCCACCAUAUCCGUGCUGCAGAAGCCACGAAUCAAUGCUUCCGAUCAGGAGAUUUUGCAGCCUAAAAGUGGGCAGGAGUUGCCCAUCACACUUCAGUGUAACCUCACUAACUCACACAGCACCCACCAGGAGACCUUCUGGAUGAAGAACGGACGGGAGAUUCCCAACACAAGGACGGAGCACAAACACACCGAGUUCAAGUUAAGUAAACCAAGGACAGAUGAUUCGGGUGAAUACAUGUGCGUCUACGCCUUUAAGUCUGCUCCCAAUGCCAACGCUUCCAUUGAGGUCAAAGCUGCUCCUGAAAUCAUCGGCCACAAACGAAGCGAGAACAAAAAAGAAGGUGAAAAUGCGACGCUGUACUGCAAAUCAGUGGGAUACCCGCAUCCUAUGUGGAUGUGGCGCAAGAAAGUUGGUCGGGGAUCUUACAUUGACAUUGACAACAGCACCGGCCGCUUCUUCAUCAUCAACAAAGACAAUUUCACUGAACUGAGUAUCAUCAGUGUGGACAUCAGCACAGACCCGGGCGAGUAUGUCUGCAACGCCUCGAACAUCAUCGGCUCCAAAGAGUCCAUGACCAUCCUGCGGGUGCGGAGUCACCUCGCCCCGCUGUGGCCUUUCCUGGGCGUCCUGGCCGAGAUCAUCAUCCUCGUGGUCAUCAUUGUGGUUUACGAGAAGCGCAAGAGGCCGGAUGAGGUUCCAGAUGAUGAUGAACCAGUUGCACCAAUAAAAACGAACUCCACGAACAACCACAAAGACAAAAACGUGCGACAGCGGAACACCAACUGAGCCCACGGACCAAUGUAGAAGAAAGCUGAAGAUGACCAACUGCAUAUCCUGACCAUACGGACGUAUCCGAGGAGAGGAGACGCUCCUGGCGAUUUUCAGCGACGCAUAUCCUGCCUCACGUGGAGAAGAAAACAACAAUAACGACAGCAUUACACUGGCAGAAACGAACAAUAAAGACUGUCUUAAGUUUGCCUUAUUCAGGCUCAUGAUCUGUGUGAAUGUGGAUGCUGACUGAAUCAUUCUAAAGGUGAUGAUGAAGAUGAUUUUACUACAUGUGCUGUUAACGUUGCAUUUCGUUCUUUUAUCAUGCCCUCCUGCUGCACUAAUUCUUUUUCAUAUCUACAUGUUGUCUCGAAUGCAUGCAAUAACAUAAUCGAAUAAGAUUCAGAUAUCGUUUUUCUAUUGUUACUUUAAGUGGCGUUGCAUCCAAAUGAAUAGCCAGUGUGUGUGAGAGUGUGUGUGAGAGAGAGUAUAUCAGUAUGUGUGUGUGUGUGUGUGUUUUUAAAGAAAUUUAAAUGGAUAAAAAAGUAAGGAAUCAUUGAGAUCUUUGUACAGUUUAUCAUCCAAUAAAACAAUACUAAAAGGAGGUGUUUUGUCUUAAACUAGAAUGCAAGAACCUUUGUGAGUGGCAGAACAGUAUUUAAUCUUAAAGCUGAUAUUGUAUUAAAUGAAAUGGAUACAUGUAACAUUUAUUUUCAAGAGUUAUUUAGACGUCUCGUACAUGUGGUGCUGUAAGUGUUCAAAUAUUACGAUAGCAUCUGUAAAAAGGAAAAGAAUAUAUCUUUUUUUUGUAAAUGUCCUGUUUCUUUUUAGAGAAAAGAUGAUUCUUGUACAGCAUGGCUAUAAUCCUAUGCAAUAUGUAUUCAUAUAGACCUACUGACAAUUGUAAGGUGGGGCGGGUUUGUUUAAUUUCAGAGAAUAAAAAAGCUUUAAUGGGACAGUUCAGAGAUAAGGGUGCUUCGCAUUUGAAAUGCACUGCUGUAGUUGCAUGACAACUCUUGAUCAAUACAGUGUGUGUCAUCAUGACAACGGACCAACAUUCAAGGGAGGAAGUGGGUGGAGCUAAAGCCAUUACAAACUAUGUGAAACCAAUUGUUUCCUUUUUCAGAAUAAAGCUUCCAAAAUAUG